AUAACUUCCUUAUUAUUUUUUGCUUGUUUUUUUUCAAGAAUUUUUCCAAUUUAAUAAUUAAAUGUCAAAAAAUAGUUAAUUUCAUUUAUUUAAAUAAAAUAUUUGUAUAUUUAUUCAUUCUAUAUUAUUGUGGACGAAUAUUUUUAUUCAUUUGAGUUUCUUAUUUUACAUCAAUUGCCUACUAGUGAAGAAACUAUCUAAUUGAAUGAAAUAAAGUUAUAUAGAAAUAAAAACAAAGAAAUAUAGGUUUUAAAUAAUAAUAUCAAUAAUAGUAUCAAUUUCUGUGUGAUAUUAAUAAUUAAUUAAUUACUUAAUUAACAUCUCUAACUAUGGCUAGAGCCAAUAAUCUCAAUCAACAGCAAGAUCUACGUAGGAACUUGAAUCUACAAUUGCCACCACUACAUCAACAACAACAUCAACAGAUGCAUCAACAACAUCAACAAUUACAACAACAACAUCAACAACAACAACGUCAACAACAUCAUGACAGACAUGAUAAUGGUAUUGCCAGGCAUGGUGCUAUUGGUGGUAGUAUGACCGCUUCAAGGUCGUUGAAUACUCUGAGAAACCUGGGACUGCCCACUCAACUGCAGAGGUUGCAAUCUAAUAGUUUAGACUGCGCUGGCAAGUUGCAAAUAUCACCAGAACUAAAAUUUGAUUUUUCUGCGGAGGACCUCGUGGACGAGGGGGAGAUAGGACGUGGGGCGUACGGGACCGUCAAUCAAGUCCGCUACAAACAGAGCAACAUCGUCAUGGCUGUGAAGAGAAUCAGAUCGACUGUCGAUAAUGAGGGGCAGAAGAAAUUACUGAUGGACCUCGAUGUUGUUAUGAAGAGUAGCGACUGUCCAUACAUUGUCCAGUUCUAUGGGGCGCUUUUCAAAGAGGGUGAUUGCUGGAUCUGCAUGGAGUUAAUGUCAAUAUCUUUGGACAAGUUCUACAAGUUCGUCCACUUCACCCUACAGGAGAUGAUACCGGAAGCUGUCCUUGGGAAGUUAACUGUGGCCAUGCUCAAGGCUCUGAUAUACCUGAAAGAAAAAUUAAAAAUCAUCCACAGAGACAUAAAACCGUCAAACAUACUACUCGACCACACUGGUGCAAUCAAACUUUGCGAUUUUGGUAUUAGCGGCCAACUUGUCGACUCAAUCGCCAAAACUCAAGAUGCCGGUUGUCGACCAUACAUGGCGCCCGAGCGGAUUGACCCGACUCGAUCGAGCAAGGGCUACGACAUACGCUCCGAUGUCUGGAGUCUCGGAAUCACAUUGUACGAGGUAUCAACUGGUGUGUACCCGUACCCUAAUUGGAGGACCCUGUUCGAGCAGCUGUCCAGGGUGUUGGACGAGCCCUCGCCACAGCUUAGCGGGGAUGAUGCCAGAUUUUCACCAGCGUUUAUUUCUUUCGUUAACGUUUGUCUGAUAAAAGAUUACAGCCAGCGUCCAAAGUAUAAUCAGCUUAUCCGAGAACCGUUCAUAAUGAGGUACGAAGAGGCGCCUGUGGACGUGGCCGGCUACAUCGGGUGCGUCCUUGAGAGGAUGCCCAACGAUCGGUCCUUACUCGAGAGCAACUACCUCUGAUCAUGAUGAUGAUGAUGAUG